CUAUUACCGAGCCACCAGCGGCAAUAUAAUUUUUACAGUCGGCACACACUUGCUGCAAGUUUGGUACCUAACUUUUUUUAACGACAAGAAAUUGUUAAUUGAGUUUUUAUUUUCAAAACAUUACUAGUGUAAUAGGUAAAACGAGCAGUUGAAGGUUUAAAAAUGGGAGAAAAUCACGGGUUAUUGGUAGUGCGGUAAGAAUGAAGUUUUAUGUGGUAUUUUGGGAGAUUUUCCUGUGCAUUUGAUCAGAAAAAUUUACUUCAUAAAAAAAUGGACUUCCCGAGUACCGGAGCUGUGGAAAUACACAGGAAACCUUUGACGCCGAUACGUACGAGAAGAAAACUGAGUAUUCCUGUGGUACUGCCUCAACAUUUAUCAAGCCUCAACGAUCCUCAGGCAGCUUUUAGAAGAAGAUUCAGCAACGUAGGAGACGCUGUAACCAGAAAACUAUCGACUACAAUUGGUUGGAGAGCUGCUUCAAUAUUAAAUGUAAAUCCUCCAGAAGAAGUUGUAGCAGUAGGCCGAGCUUUGUGCACCCUCUACAUAAGAACCAGACUGAAAAAAGCUGGACUAUUUAACAAGAAACUGGGUCUGACAAGAGUUAGAAGUGCAAUGGGGAGUUUGGUGAGCUGUAGCAACACUGUCAGAGAAGUUUUUCCAGGUUUGUCGUGUGCCUGUCAAGAGCUGGAAAGGAUGUAUCCAAAGUUGUACACGAAUAUAUCCAGGCAUACUGGGCCUCCGCCAGCGGAAGGUCAUGUCGGGGUGCUUUUGGCUCUGGGACAUCACAUAUUGAGGUCUGAACCGACUUGGGGAAAGGUUGUCUCAAUCUAUUGCAUAGCAGCCGGAUUGGCGCUGGACAGCGUCAGACAAGGACAAAGCGAACAACUACACGUCAUUUUAGAGGACAUGUCCGAACUAUUGGAGGACAGAAUGGCGAAUUGGGUUCACUGCAAUGGAGGCUGGAAUGGUUUGAGCAAACAUUGUCGGCAAAAGAUCCAAGAAGUCUCCAUAACCGAAUACUUUACUGUAUUUGGUACAGUGGCCGUUAUACUUGUAGUUGCUUAUUUUAUAGUGCGAUUUACUGUAAGAUUUGCUUAAAAUUAGUGCACUCAAUUGUAAUAUCGUUUAUUUAUUUGUACUUAUAUUAUUUAUUAUUAGUUUUUUUAAUGUUUUUUUUUUAUCUAAUUGCAAAAUUGUUGUUGAAAGAGUUAUUGAGUAAUGCUAUAAGAUAAUAUCUAGCUUUUUCAAACAUCAGAAUGAAGCUUCCUAAACUUAUGACACACUAAGUCAAAAUUUUGAGGAGCUAAUAAUCUGCUAAAUUACACUACAAGUGUUGUAAAUAUGGAUAAGUAUACGUUGAAAAAUUGUACUUUAUGAACAAAAUUGUCUCAUAAAAUGAAAAAUAAAAAGUCCUCAAUCAUCAUACCAUCAAUUAAAAAACCUCGAUAAAUAUUAUCAUCCAAAUUUCAUCGGUUUAAAGAGCGCCGCCGAGAACCGGGC